AGUGCACAAUACUUGUAUUGGUUGAAGAUGACCCGUCAUGGAAGAAACUGCACUGCAGGGACUGUGUACACUUACCAUGAGAGACAGAAAGAUACAAAGGCUUCUGGAUAUGGGAGCAAGAGUGUCCGCUUUGGGAAAGAUGCAAUAAAGGAAUUUGACUGCUGCUGUCUGACCCUCCAGCCUUGCAAAGAUCCAGUUAUCACAGAAGACGGCCAUCUUUAUGACAAGGAGGCCGUCCUGAAAAACAUCUUGCAUCAGAAGAAGGAGAUUGCCAGAAAACUGAAAGAAUACGAAAAACAGAAAAACAAGACAGAUAAAGAACUUCAGGAACUGGCCAAAGCUGAACAGGAAGCGAAAGCCUCAAAGUUCAAGCAACAGGAGUCCAACCCAAUAGGAGAGAAAUACUUGGCCAACCAGGCUGCGGAACAGAAAGGCAAAAUGUCAAGCUUAUCCAACGUUGAGGAAGGCAGAGAUAAAAAACUGCCUAGUUUCUGGAUCCCAACCCUCACCCCACAGGCGGAGGCCACGAAAAUUGAAAAACCGGAUGAAAAGGUUCGAUGUCCUAUGAGUGGGAAAGUUCUCAAGUUCAAGGAUUUAAUUCCUGUCAAGUUCACGCCCAUUAAUGAUCGGGAUGCAAAGACAUCUGUCAUCUCAAAGACGAACCGCUACGUUUGUGCUGUGACAAAUGAUGUGCUUGGUAACUCUGUUCCUUGUGCUGUGCUGAGACCCUCAGGUGCCGUGGUCACAGUGGAAUGUGUGGACAAGAUCAUCAGGAAAGAGAUGCUUGACCCCAUUUGUGGAAAAAAACUUGCAGAGAAAGACAUUAUUCCUCUUCAGAGGGGUGCAUCUGGCUUCACUAGUGCUGGGGUUACUUUGGAAGCAAAGAAGGCAGGACCGACUAUCAUGGCUUGAAUUCAUCUGUUGACAACAGAAUACUUUAGAGCAGUGAUUAUUAUCCUUGUUGGAAGCACUGAACCCCUUCGAGUGGGGUGAACGAAAUGGACACAUACACACAGUGUGUCUUGGCCUCUGCUGAGCCCGUAAGACUGACUCACCGAACCCUUGGGGUUGGAUCAAACCCAGCUUAAGAACAACUGCUCUGGAGUCUUUUCUCUCAUCUCUUCACUCUGCUAGAAGUGGAGCAGCCAACUGUGAAACAGCCUUAUCUGUGGUUUUAUUCAUGAAGUAGACCUUUCCAGUUACUUUAAAUUACCUAGGUCUGUCGCCCCUGCUGGACAGUUGCAGAAAGGGUACAGUGAUUUCUGUUCUGGGCUGGAGCUUUUACGGGCUUGUGAUAUUGGUCCUGAGUUUUAGAGAAGGCUCUCAUGUCUUUUGUUGUUCAGUACUUUUAAAAACCUUCCUAGUUCAAGGUUGUUGGUGAAGGGGAAAUCCAAAAGUGAGCAUUUUAGUUCCAGUAUACUUGAAUGGUUUCAAACUUUGCCUUUAGGUUCUAUAGGAUUGUUUGUUUUUAUGUCUUUUUCUUUAAAGUGGUGUAUCAGGUGGUCAGUUUGCUUUAAAUUUGGGAGGUAGUCUACAUGUUUAGGGGAUUCUGAGGUAUCACUAAGGUUUCAGGUUUUGGACUCUGACAUUCAGAUUUGUGGUGGGCCUUCUGCUUAUAGUGGUAUCCAGUUUAGUGGUUCGGCAUGGCCCCUGUGUGCCACUCGUAGGAUGAUUUUCUUACUACACAAUUUCACCUUUGCUUGGCUUAGAUUACAGCCCCUGUUAUGAGGUCAGUUGAUAGGUGUAUGUUUUGUAAUGUGUACGACAAAUUAGUAUUGACCAUUUUGCCAAUGGAUUACUACAACAGUGGCAUGAAGCUUAAAGGUUUUGCAAAUGUUCUCAUUCUCAUGUCUAUACCAUUUUUAGGUUGAAGUGUUGGGGUUCUAUGGACCUCCGCUGCUCUUAUUAUCAAGAAACAAUAAUUUUAAUAAGGAAUAAUGAGGCCAGACUGUGGGUCAUGGUUGUGGAACUUGUUUUCCACCUAUCUUAAAGUCUUAAAUGUACUAGUUCUGUGUGUGUGUGUGGAGGGGGGGGGGUGGAAUCGCACUGUAUGGUCAUCUCUAAUUCACUGUGGUUCCGUCCUUACAGGCUACUCCCUUACAGUCACAUCAAAAUGUUGUUACAGUUGUAUGUGUUGGUGAGGGAACUGGAAACAAAAGGCAGCUCUUUCUCAUUUUCUCAUUCAAAUCCUUUAAGGGUUAUCAUCUUGUGUGCGUGUUAUAUUUAGUGGAUAUUGUGUAACAGGAUAUUUGAAAUGUGAUGAUUAGAUCAACAGUUGCUUUUAAUGUUUGCGUCGUGUCUCCAUUCAUGGAGCACAAUUGAAAUAAACAAAACUACCACAUAUAUAUA